AGGGGCCAUUCAGAGCAGUCAAGUGGUUGUAUCUCACCCGGACGGCACUCUCCUACGAUGGCGACCGCCAAAGUACCAGAAUCGCAAGAUGUUACCCGUAUCGAACGAAUCGGUGCCCAUUCUCACAUCAGAGGGCUCGGUUUGGACGAUACGUUGGAUGCCCGUGUAGUCUCUCAGGGUAUGGUUGGCCAGCUCCAGGCACGCAGAGCAGCUGGUGUAAUUUUGAAGAUGAUCCAGGAAGGGAAAAUCGCUGGACGUGCUCUUCUCAUCGCCGGUCAGCCUGGAACGGGUAAAACAGCCAUAGCGAUGGGUAUGGCUCAGGCGUUGGGCACUGAUACUCCGUUCACGAUGUUGUCUGGCUCUGAGAUCUACUCCCUCGAAAUGUCUCGCACAGAAGCGCUGACCCAAGGGUUCCGUCGCUCGAUCGGAGUCAGGAUAAAGGAGGAGACAGAGAUUAUUGAGGGAGAAGUGGUGGAGAUUCAAAUCGACAAACCUGCUAGCGGGAAUGGUGAAAAACGUGGCAAGCUGACGCUCAAAACGACUGAGAUGGAGACUAUUUAUGACUUGGGCACCAAGAUGAUCGAGGGCCUCAUCAAGGAAAAGGUCCAAGCAGGAGACGUUAUUACCAUAGACAAGGCUAGCGGUAAGAUCAGCAAGCUCGGUCGCUCCUUUGCUCGGGCUAGAGACUACGAUGCCAUGGGAUCCUCAACAAAGUUCGUUCAGUGUCCUGAGGGCGAGCUCCAGAAGCGUAAGGAAGUGGUGCACACGGUCUCUCUGCAUGAAAUGGAUGUUAUCAACAGCCGCGCGCAAGGCUUUCUAGCCUUGUUUGCUGGAGAUACAGGUGAAAUCAAGCAGGAAAUCAGGGAACAAAUAGAUCAGAAGGUGUCUGAGUGGAGAGAAGAGGGGAAGGCUGAAAUCGUCCCUGGCGUCCUUUUCAUUGACGAGGUCCACAUGCUGGACGUGGAGUGUUACUCCUUCCUGAACCGUGCGCUUGAGAGCCCCAUGGCUCCCAUCCUUGUCUUUGCUACCAACAGAGGCAUCACAAGAAUCCGAGGAACGAACUACAAGGGACCACACGGGAUGCCCAUCGACUUGUUAGAUCGUCUUCUCAUCAUCUCAACGCAGCCGUACUCGGAGAAGGAGCUAGCUCAGAUCCUCAACAUCCGAUGCGAAGAGGAGGACGUGGAGAUGACGGAGGAUGCCAAGGACCUCCUCACCAAGAUCGCCGUGGACGCAUCUCUUCGCUAUGCUAUCCACAUGAUUACCGUGUCCUCCCUCGUUUGUGCGAAGCGGAAAGGGACCGAGGUGACGGUGGAGGACGUGAAGAAGGUUUACGGAUUGUUCAGCGAUGUCAAAAGAAGCACUCAGUUCAUGAUGGAGCACCAGAAUGAGUUCAUGUUCUCGGAGAUCACCCACUCUGAGCCCGACGCUCCCGCUGCUGCCGAGGGAGAUGCCAUGACCACAGACUGAGGACGUUAAUGGAGGUUUUGAAGAGCUCUAGGUGGAUUAAAGUGAACAAUCUCU